AUGCAGUCGUCAUCGCCUUCGAAUCCACCCCCGAUACGACAGCGAUUGCGUACUGGUCGGCGUUAUGUUGCGGACUUGCAUUGGGAUUCUACUGAUAUAAGCGAACAGAUCGCGGACGAACUGUCUAAAUACGCCGACGAACUUGAAAAUCGCAGCGAUUCAUUCUCUUCGAUUACGACAUUGAGUGCUAGAGAGGACUUCGAGAUUGCUAUAGACAACAUCAAGCGAGGCAUAUUUAUGUUUUCUUCUAAACGUGGAAAAAGUGCUCAAGCUUCUGAACUUUCUCCACUAAUGGAUUCACCAUCCGAUAUCUCUCCCAACGCUCCGCCAUCUGGCUUUGAAAAUCCGAACGACUAUUUUGCUAACCUGCAGGCACCACCGGCUCCUCCGUCAUCGAGCUCGACGGGCCAAGCUUCCACUGAAGGAUCUGUGGACUCUAGUGGUUUCGAAAAGGUGGACCAUGAUGUGUUGGAAGAAUAUGGGCAACAGUUCGUAAACCAAAUGCAGCAGUCUCUUUUUGGAAAAUCAGCGGAUUCUGAUAGCUUCAAAGACAUGUCAUCCGGUGCACAUAACGAUGUGCUAGAGAAAUCCUAUGGAGGCGAUUUGGUUGACAUACCAAGGAACGAACCACAUCCGGAGCCACCAAAGCACGUCGCCGGAGAUCAUACGGAUGAUGCGAAAUCUGCCGGCACACUGAAUACAUACGACCUUCUUGGCGACGUCGUCAUACCACCAGCACAUGAAACAAAGCCAGAGCCAGCUCCAGCAGCACCAGCAUCAGCACCAGCAGUACCAACAGCUCCUCCAGCACCGGCUCCUACACCUGCCCAAGCUCCUACUCAAGCGCCUGCCCAAGCGCCCGCUGAUCGGUCCCAGGACGUCGGUUCCCACGAUCAUGGACACCAUGAUGCGCCGUUCGAGCCUGUUGGCCGUGGCGGAGUACCGCUUGAUCAGCUGAUCGAGGAUCAGGUAGCUGAAGUACAUGGAGAUGUUGACGAGGUGUUGCACAGAAUGCAAGAAACUGAUGAAUGGAAGCCGACUGUGGAGAAGAAGGAGGAGAAGAAAUCAACUCCUCAAGAGGACUCGGAUUCUUCUGAUCGUCCAGAUUUUCGCAGCCAGACACCGGAGGCUGAGGAAUCUACAUUCAAUCGGCGCGGGCCUCUCACCAUUCCUGAAGUGCCUGAAGUACCUGAGAAGUCUCUUGAUGACCUACUUGACGAACACGCCCACAGCGGUUUCGAAAAGGAACCUCGUCCACCGACUCCACCAAAAGACAUCAACGACGAGGACGUGAAACCAUCUGCGUUCAGCUUGGCUCAUGGUAGCAAAUCAUCACCUUCCCAUCCCGAACACCCGCAUUCGAUCUUGAAAGGUGGAAGUUCUACAGCCGAGCCAUGGUUCGACUUCAAAACUGUCGAUCCCAAAAUUCUCGAUAUCAUCUACUGGCGGGACCCUAAGAGAAGUGGUAUUGCACUGUCGGUGAUACUCCUGGCAGUGUUCAUCUUGGCCAAGUAUCCUCUUCUCUCCGUGUUUGCCUACACUGGAUUGGCUAUUUUGGCGGGUACAUUGGGAUUCCGUAUCUACAAGACCGUCGAAGCCCAAGUGAAGAAGACCGAUGGCGAAAAUCCAUUCAAGGAGUACCUUGCCAAGGAUCUCAAGCUGCCACAGGAUCGAAUCCAUUCCCAGGUUGAUGUACUUGCCGAACAUGCCACUCAUGUCGCCGACAAAGUGAAACGACUGAUUUUCGUCGAGAACAUUGUCGACAGCGCCAAGUUCGGACUCAUCUUGUGGUCGUUGACGUACAUCGCUUAUUGGUUCUCAGGCUUCGCCCUCAUCGUUCUAGGAGUGCUCGCUGUAUUCUCGGUUCCCAAAGUGUACGAAAUGUACCAAGAGCCAAUCGAUGCGAAAUUGGCCCAGGCAUCCGAGCAAAUUGAUAAAAUAACCAAAAUGGCUGAGGAGAAGAUGCCGUUCUUGAAAAAGGUGCAGACUGAGGUCCAGAAGAAGGAACAGUAAGUCGGCUUCGUGAGGGCUUCGCCUAGCCGUCGAGAGCCCGUGUGUUCCCGCUCACCUCACCCUGUGUGCAUCUGCGCCUUCUUUCAUCGCCCAAUCGCCCGUCGGAGAAGUUCACAUCGCCCGAUCUUCCCCCAUUUGUUUUUAUAUGUAUCAGCCGUGGCAAUUCUCUGCAACCAGUGCGCGCGCAUAUGUUUCGCUUUUGUUUUGCUAAUUUGCGCCAAGCUUGUCCCCGCGUUCGUUUAUUUUCCCAAAUGGGUGAUGAAGUUACUGACCGUAUCGAACAGAUCCUUAUGAAAACUGUCAGGCUUCUCAGCGUGUCUUGCUUCUGUAUUUUCGUUCACAUUAGUCUGUGUUCUGUCUGAAUUUAGUUUUUCGGUGCAACUUGUGUGGAUUUUUUUUGGAGUGGUAUAUCUCCAUUCGCUUAGAUUUACUGCUCUAACUUCGCUGUCACAAUAUUCGUAAUACUACGUGACGUUUCUGAUUUUUAUUCAAAUAAACAUGUCGAUAAAUCAGUGGUAAUU